AUGCCGACGUGGGACCCGGAGAAUCUGCGCGAGUUCGCGGACGCGCGAAACGCCACUCUGCGACGGUUCGAGUGGAUGGUGGAGGAGCGGAAGGCAGUCGCCGCCAAGACGUUGCGCACGAUCGGCAUGGGCGACCGAUGGUGGCACCACGUGGACGUGCCCCGCACCAGCGUAAGCGGAGGACACGCCGGAGGCCCGCGUGUGGGAGGAGGUUUGAAUGUCAACCGCGUUGAAGAACCUACACCGUUCCCAAAGUGGAAAGGCGUCAAAGUAAAACUAUGCAUAGAUCCCGAGAUUAGGGCGGUGCAACAGCCGGUAAGAAGAAUUCCGGUAGCUUUAGAGGAGAAAGUUCAUGCUAAGCUGGAGGAAGCCCUUGGACAUGACAUAAUCGAACCAGUUUUAGGUCCAAGUUCUUGGAUCUCUCCCAUUGUACUGGCAUUUAAAGAGAAUGGAGACAUUCGGUUAUGCGUGGAUAUGCGAUUGGCAAAUAAGGCAUUUCAGCGAGAGAACUACCCUUUACCUAUUUUUGAAUCAUUUAUGACAAAGUUAAAAGACGCAAAGUUCUUCUCCCGCCUUGAUCUUAAGGAUGGCUAUCACCAAUUAGAAUUGGAAGAGUCUAGUAGGGAGAUUACAACGUUUAUAACGUCAAAGGGGCUCUUCCGAUAUAAGAGAUUGAUGUUUGGGGUGAAUUCGGCUCCUGAGAUUUUUCAGCGCCGGCUGGAAACACUGUUAGCUGCAUUCCCUAAUGCCAUGAAUUACAUCGAUGACGUGAUCAUUUUUGGUGCCACCGAACUCGAACAUGACGAAACAGUAAAAGCAGUUUGCAAAGUCUUUAACGACAAUAAUGUUUUAUUAAACAAACAAAAGUGCAUUUGGAAAACAAACAGGCUAAAAUUCUUGGGACACAUUUUGUCCGACUCGGGAAUCGAAGUUGACCCCGAGAAGAUAGAGGUUAUUAAGUCUUUUAGAGCCCCCAAGAAUAAGGAAGAAACCCGCAGUUUUCUCGGCCUCAUUACAUAUGUGGGAAAAUUUAUUCCUGAUUUGGCCGAUAACACGGAGCCCCUACGCCUAUUAUUACGAAAAGACAGCAUAUUUCAAUGGGGCAACACCGAGGAAAAGACUUUUCAAAAGUUGAAGUGUCAUUUAGCACAUGUUCCUAAUCUUGCUUAUUUUAAUCCAAAGAACCGCACCCGUUUAAUAGCGGACGCAAGUCCUGUAGGUCUUGGAUCGGUCCUUCUGCAGUUUGAUGGUAAAGGCGAUCCGUUGAUUAUAUCAUUUGCCAGCAAAGCCCUGUCUGAGGUUGAAAGGCGCUACUCUCAAACGGAGAAAGAGAGUUUAGCACUUGCCUGGGCAGUAGAGAAAUUCUACUAUUACCUAGCUGGUCUACACUUCGAGCUGGUAACAGAUCAUAAGCCCUUAGAGGCUAUCUUCAAACCGACAUCGAAGCCCCCGGCUCGUAUUGAGAGAUGGUUACUACGCCUUCAAUCAUACCGUUUUAAAGUAAUCUAUAAAACCGGAAAAGAAAAUAUAUCUGAUAUAUUGUCUCGACUUUGCCAAUCAUCAUCAAGUCCAACUACCAACAGAAUGGAGUACAGCAUCCUGCGGGUAGUGGAAAGCGCUAUUCCCAAGUCAAUGACCAUCUCCAAGAUCGCUGAAUCGUCAUUGCGAGACGAAGAAGUUGUCGAUGCAAUACACAGUCUAGAGAAUAACUCUUGGGAACGAGAAAAAUCAACAAAAUUACAUCCAUUUCGAUUUGAACUGUCGACCAUAGGACCUCUCCUGCUAAGAGGAAACCGCAUUGUGAUCCCAACAAACCUUCGCAAACGGGUACUUGAAUUGGCACAUGAAGGACACCCAGGAGAAUCAGCUAUGAAACGCCGCCUAAGAUCCAAGGUAUGGUGGCCGCUGAUCGACAGAGAUGCAGAAGAAUUUGUAAAAACAUGCAGAGACUGCCUUAUGGUAUCCCAGUCAAUAAGACCAGCCCCGAUGAACAGAAAUCCAUUUCCAACGGGUCCGUGGAUAUGGGUGGCGUCAGAUCUCUUGGGACCCCUGCCUAACAAUGAAUUCAUCUUAGUUUUUAUAGACUAUUUUUCUCGCUAUAUGGAGUUUAAGUUUUUGCGGUCGAUCUCAUCGAGCAGUUUGAUUGGAGUCAUGAAAGAAAUAUUUUGUAGAUUGGGCUAUCCAAAAUACUUACGUACCGACAAUGGACGGCAAUAUAUUAGCGAUGAAUUCUCAGAAUAUUGUAAGACAUGCGGCAUAGAACAAGUAAGAACCCCACCAUACUGGCCUCAGGCUAAUGGGGAGGUAGAAAAUGUGAAUAAAUCCUUAGUCAAACGACUAAAAAUUGCCUACUCAAAUUCAAAAAACUAUAAGGAGGAGAUACAAAAGUUUGUUUUAAUGCAUAAUGUGACUCCCCAUGGAACCACAGGGAUAGCCCCAACCCAAUUAAUGUUUAAUAGGAUAAUACGCGACAAAUUACCAGGAAUAGAAGAAUUAAAUGAACAGUUCACAGAUUUUGCGGAAAGAGAUAGAGAUAUCAUCCAAAAAGAAAAAGGGAAGGAAGCAGCAGAUAAAAAGAGGGGAGCUAAGAAUAUCGAUAUUAAGAUUGGCGAUAAAGUGUUGGUACGAAUCGUAGUUUUUCCAAAUAAACUAACGCCGACUUUUGACCCAACUGAGUUCGAGGUAUUAGAGAGACAUAAAAACAUAGUGAAGAUAGCAGGUGGCGGCAAAACAUUAAUGAGGAACGUUGCGCACUUAAAGAAGAUACCAGGCGACGUAUAUGUCCCACCAGCGCCCGAGUCGGGUACUCUCCAAACUAUUCCAGCACCGUUUCAGGAGGCCCUAGAAGACCAGCCGUCGGAAGUACCUGCUCAACACUCUCCUCCGAAGGUAAAACCCCUGAAACUCCGUCUCAUAAAUAAAGGAGGGAUGUGGGAACCUGUACCAAACACCGACGCUACUGGAACAAGCAGCGACGUCACAGACGCGGGAGCGGGAUGA